GGGCGGGCGGGCCGCCAGGGGCCGCGGGCAGUGCGGGAAUUUCGGACCGGGAGGAAGGAGCGGCGCCGGGCCCGCUCGCGCAGGAGGCCUACAAGUCAUAAAAAUCUGCGAUUUUAGGAUCAGGAAAGGCCUGGUGUCUAAAAAUGGGGCUAAGCCGGUUUCUGUCAUUAGCUGUGGUUUUUCUUCCUAUUUCUUGCUGUUCGACAUCCUUGUUUAAAACUUCACCAGCUGCAGACAAGGGAAAAUGCCAAAUAAGAAAACGGCUGGAAAAAGAGCCCCUGCAAAAAGGAAACUUGCUGAAGUGUUUGCUGUGGGGGAGGUUCUAGCAGAUACAUCAAGAAAAGAAUGGAAAUUAGGUGUCCCUAUAGGGCAGGGAGGCUUUGGACGCCUAUAUCUUGCUGAUGUUAAUUCUUCAAAGUCGGUUGGCAGUGAUGCCCCUUAUGUUGCAAAAGUGGAACCCAGCCAGAAUGGACCUCUUUUUACUGAGUUAAAGUUCUACAUGCGAGCUGCUAAGCCAGAUGAAAUUCAGAAGUGGACUAAGUCCCAUAAACUGAAAUAUUUAGGUGUACCAAGAUAUUGGGGUUCUGGCUUGCAUGAAAGAAAUGGAAACAGCUACCGAUUUAUGAUAAUGGACAGAUUUGGCAGGGAUCUUCAGAAGAUGUAUGAAGAGAAUGCAAAGCAAUUUUCCCAUAAAACUGUACUACAGUUAGGCCUGAGAAUACUUGAUAUUCUGGAAUAUGUCCAUGAGCAUGAAUAUGUGCAUGGAGACAUCAAGGCUGCAAACCUCCUUCUGAGUUACAAGAACCCUAAUCAGGUGUACUUGGUGGAUUACGGACUUGCCUACCGAUACUGUCCUGAAGGCGUUCACAAAGCAUAUAAAGAAGACCCUAAAAGGUGCCAUGAUGGAACUAUUGAAUAUACCAGUAUUGAUGCACACAAGGGUGUGGCACCAUCGAGACGUGGUGAUCUGGAGAUUUUGGGCUACUGUAUGGUUCAUUGGCUUAGUGGCCAUCUACCAUGGGAAGAUAAUUUGAAAGAUCCAAAUUUUGUCAGAGACUCAAAAAUCAGAUGUAGAGAUAAUAUUUCCAUUUUGAUGGACAAAUGCUUUCCUGGGAAAAAUAAACCAGAUGAAUUAACCAAAUAUAUGGAAAAGGUGAAACUGCUCAGCUAUGAAGAGAAGCCUGUUUAUCAGCAUUUCCGAGAAAUACUUCUGCAAGGUCUCAAGGCCAUUGGACAAAAAGAUGAUGGCGUGCUUGACUUUGGCUCAACAGAGAAUGGAGACUUUCAAAGAAAUCCUGUGCAAAAGAAGAAGCGAAAGGCAGCAGCUGCUGCCAGUGAGAGCGCUGAGGUGGAAAUAGAAGAUACCGGAAGUCCAAAAAAAAAGAAAGCUGCUACUUCUAAUGCAAUUGCUACCAGAACCCAGAAAACGACCUCACCAAAACCCAAGAAAAGCACAGCAACCAGAAAGCGAGUCCAGAAGUAAAUAAUACAUGGAGCAACAAAAUAAGUUGCUCUGUGGCUCAUUUCUGUGUUAUUUUUUUGGGUGGGUUAUGUUUUUUGUUGUUGUUGCUUUUUUUGUAGCACUGGAAUAUUUUUCUUUCCUUUUUUAAAUGAUGAAUCCUGUAAAAAAUGGACUGCUGUUUGUACCUGGUUUUGAAGAAUAAAUGUUUUAUUAAAAUAUUUGCAUAAUUUAUGUAUACUUAAAUACUAAUGCAAAAUUUUGCCAACUUUUGAAGUGGGGAUGCAUUUUUAUUCUUUAUAUACAUAAAUUUAUGUCUUACAGGCAAACUAAAAGAGAGUGCUUUUUUCCUGCUUUGUAAUGUAGAGAUAAAGCCUUAUUUAAUAGUUUCAUUAUGGAUACUGUGUAAAAAACAGCAGUGUUGCAUCUGAUUUCUUACAGUUUUGAGUAAAUUCAUAUUGGUGGUCACUUAAAUAUGCACUGAGAUGAAGUCUGAAGAAGCAGAAGUAACUUUUAAAUAUGUUUUAAGUGUUCAAAUUCAAAACUACACAAGGCAAAAAAUCAUGUCUUUCCAUUCUAGUUUGGAUGAAAUGCAUUUAAACAAUUCUUUGGAAGACAGGUACUGAAUUUUAGCCAUUUUUUUGCAUAGUAUUUGUGUUCGUAUCAUUUUUCCAAUUAUUCUCAGUUUCCUUGGAAAGAAAGAGAUCAGAAUUUCAGAAAAAGGACCCGGGGCAGAGAAAAGAACCAACCAAAAAACAAUGCCUAUUCUCAACCACCCCCUCAGGUUUUCUUUUUAUAUUAGUGAAAAGAUUAGAAUGUAAGUGUGAGUAACUUUAUACAGGAUCUAGUUCCAGUGAAGUAUUGUCUCAUGUCUGCUUCUAGCAAUAAUGGUUUACCAUUUUAAUACUUGAGGAGCAUGUAAUCUUCCAAGUUCUUUUGUAAAAGUACUUCUUUGGUUAGCUUUGAGUCCUCUCUUCAGAGUUGUAAGUCAAAAAAUAGUGUUGAAUUGCGGUGUGAAACACUGCUACUUUUCAUAUAUCUACUGCAACAUCCACGUUAUAAGGCAUGAAUAUCAUUCUUAUCAGGGCUACCGAAAGUUUGGCAAACCAAAAGGAGUCCAUAUGAGCCAGUGAGAGUGUGUUCGUGUGGUUGUCCAGCUUGCUCGAUUGUAUAAUGUCUGAGUAGCAACUCAGAAGAUUAAAUAAAUAUGUUGUAGCAUGAAAUGUUGAAUGAAUGAAUGAUGUUAUGUUUUGUAAUGAGGGAAUCCGUUGUUUUGAAAUAAAACUGGAAUACCAUA